AUGUCUAGCACGGAUCUCUUAAGUGCAGGAACCACCUGUGCUCAUGAAUCAUGCAGAACUAUCGAUUUCUUGCCGUUCAAGUGCUCGCAUUGCUCACAAAGCUUCUGUAACGAACAUUGGAAACCCACGGACCACAACUGCAAACAAUACGAUGCGGCCUCCUACGACCGCAUAGUCCCACAAUGUCCCUUCUGCUCAAAACCUGUAUUGGUUCAACCUCAGGAGGAUCCCAAUAUCCCCAUGGAGAGGCAUAUCGACCAAGACUGUGUGGUAUUCACAGGCAAGAAGAAGCGCGGACCAGUCUGUGGCUUCAAGAAAUGUGGAAAGAGUUUAAUCAGUCCUAUCAUCUGCGAGAAAUGCCAGGAUCAGUUCUGUCCAACCCAUCGCUUUCCCAAUACACAUGCAUGCAAAAAUAUAAAUGCUCCCAUAAACACGAAUCCCAGAGCUGCUAUGAGCUCUCAAUCGGGACUAGCAGCACUAAAGCGGGCUGCAAAUGCUGCGGGUACCUCUGCUACCGCCACCUUGGAGAAUGUCAAGACCGCUGCAAAGAGCUCUUCCACUUCAAACCCAAGUGCAUCAAGCUCUAAUAGUAAAGGAAACUUGUUCAAAGAAAUCAAGACAGACCGGUGCGAGACUUCACCUUCUGAUGCUUUGAUACCUUCGCCAACGACUCGUCUUCCUACAAUUUCGUCUCUUCCUCCUAACGAAAAACCUAAUGAAAAACCUAAAAUAAUACCGGACCCCACCAAAAAAUGGGUACCUGCGGCAUUAUUUGCCUCUGCGUGA